AUGGAGCAUGAGAGGGGGAGUGGGCUCACUUUGGCGCCGAUGAAGAAGAAGCGAGGUCAACACCAACAACAUGCCAUACCAGGUAGUCAGAAGCGUGUAACUGGCACUCGCAUCAAAAGAGGUCUCGAUGAAUUGUACAAUCUGGAUGCGGUGCCUCAGCAACAAUCACAGGAAAGUCAACCUUCGCCUGGGCGAGUAAGCAAAUGUAACGACAGGGGAAAGGGGAAAAGCUCCAAGGCCUCCUCUACGGCCGAAAAUCCUUUGAUGCGAAGUGCGGUACAAGGGAUAUCUACUAAUGGUGAAAAGACUGCUGUAUCGGUGGCACAGAGGAAGGAAGAUGACGGACCCAUUGUGGCAACUGCAAUUAUAAAAAUGGCUGAUACUUCUGAGUACUGUGGAAGUUCACCUCCCACCGUAUUUGGCUACAAUUGGGAAGAGUGGAAAAGUGUCAAACAACACCUGUUCAACCCAACGGAGACGGCUGGUUCGGCGGCGGCGCGGCGCAAGGCACUCGACCACAUUGAGCUUGUGUGGAAGGCUCGCGCCCGUGAGGGUCGACCACUUCCUUCCUAUGUGGAAUCAACAGCAAUGUUAUUGGAAGCUGUUUCGCUUGAUGAGAGCAACAAGAUGUCAUCAAUAGCAAUUACAGCACUCUACGGUGCCGUGAUAUCCCGAGCUGUCCACGUAAUGACGGGUGAAUUCGCGCGAGGCGCAGACGACACGUAUCGAAAGAGAGCUCAGGCGAUUGGCUUCCCUGAAGAAGCAGUGGAAGUACGUCAACGUGUGUCACACGGCGCUUUACCGUUAUUAACGGAGUUACGCUGGGUUUGUGGAUUGGUGUUGCAGUUCCUGUUUCAUAACUACUGGUUAGAACAGGAACGGCAUUUGCACUGUAUGGAACAAGAGGAAAAGGAGGCAGAGGUGGAGGUGGAGAAAGUGAACAAAAAUACAAGGGACGCACAUAAAGUUGUAUCCAACCACGCAACAGUGGAGGAGAUGCGUUGGCUUCUUGAUGCGCUUAGCGAUGAUUGUGAGGAAGACGAAGAUACUCCGGGUGGAGAUUCGUGUGAAGAAUGUACUAACGACGGUUUUCAUGAUGCUGAUACAAUCCGUGUAGGUGAUUGGACGCUCUCUUAG